UCGCCUCCUCCCCUCCCCAGAGAUUUCGCGAUGAUUCAGAUGAGCCCUCCCAGGCCUUCGCCCUCUCUCUCCCUGACAUCAUCCCUGUCGCUGCUGAAGCCCUUUUCCUCUCUGCCUUUCCCACCCUCUCCACCUUCUCCCUACCUGGCUCCUUCCUUGUCUCUGUCCUCUUCUGCGUCCUUGCUGUCCCCACCCUGGCUCCUUCCCCCAGCGAGCGGCUCGCUUUCCUUUCCAGGCUUGCGCUCUGCAGCCUCGGGAGCGGCCGCGCGAAGUCGGAGGAACUGGUGCUGAGGCAGCGGUUCGCGCGGGAUCCGGACUCGGGGACCCAAGCCCGCGCGGAGCUGGGACAGGGGGCCAAGCUCGCCCGCCGGGCGCCCUCCUGCCCGCGAUGGGCUGCUCCAGCAGCGCCCUCAACAAGGCCGGCGACGGCAUCAGGCCCCGCAGCGAAGAAAGUGAGUCCUGCUUUGUCCAACCAAAACCACGCACACUGGGAAGAGAAUCUACUUUAUAUGGCAAGGUACAAAACGAAAGCCUUCCUCGACUAGAAAAGCUCAAGAUUUCAGCUGUGUCUACAGCUAAUGGUGUUAAAUCCCUCCAUGAACAGCCCCUGGCAAAGGAUGCUGCAGACCCACCAGGAUCCACAGAGGAAACUCAGCCUCUUAAGGGACUGAAGGAGUCUGGGUCACCUCAGCCAGGUGGCAAAGAUGAUACUCCAGGAGCAGGAGAAAAGAAGAAGGACGUGGAAGCAGUGACAGAGGCUCAGCCUUUUAAAGGAAACGCUGAGACCGAAGCUUUAGGAGCAGAAGCUAAGAGUCAACCUUUGAGGACAGCGGGAGAGAGGGACUCUCCUGGAGCAGUGGAAGGUACUGAGAAUCCACAAGCUGCCGGAGAGAUGACACCCCUAGGAACAGCUGAGAAAAUUCCACCUCUGGAAGCAGCUAGAGAGCUACAAUCUCAAGAAGCUAUGGGGACGGAUGAACAGUCCCAACUCCCAGAAACAGUUCCCAAGGAGACGGAAUCUCCAGAAAUAUUGGAAGGAAGUCAGCUUGUGGAAACAGCUGAAAAGCAGCUACUUCAAGAAACGCUGGGAGAAGAUGACCAGUCCCAACUUCUAGAGAUGAUUCCCAGAGAGAAUGGAACACCAGAAGUAUCAGACAGAAGCCAGCUUAUGGAAACAGCUGUCAAGGAUGAUUCGCUCCAUAAAACUCCUGAAGGUCCAGGAAACAUGGAGCAGAUCCAACCUGAAAGAAUAGUUGGAAACAUGGAACAUCCAGCAGAAAUUCUAGAGACAGGGGCAAAUGUGGAAACGGUCAGGAAUAUUCAUGCUAACGAAGAGGACCAACACGUUGAAGGUGAAACAGGAGAAAAGGUUGAAACAGACGUGGAGAAUGAGAAAGUAAGUGAAGGGGCUGAAACAAAAGAAGAAGAAACGGGAGAAGCUGUGGGUCUUUCAGCAGCCCCGUAUAUAGGUAUGGUGAUGGAAGGGUGAACGGACACAGCGUAUUAUAACAGAGAAGACAGAAAGCGGCAGUGAAGUUUGUGGUUACAGAUCUUAUCUUUCAACAUCUACGUGUUUUAUACAAGGAGUGUGGUUAUCAUGUUCUUGAUUACAUUGUUCCAUAAAACUGCUAAGCUGUGAACAGUUUUUCUAGCUACUUACAAUUCAAAACUACAAAAAAAAAAAAAAAAGACGAAAAAUACAAUAGCUAGAGCCAAUACCAACUAGGGUAUAUGUUCGUUUAAGAGUGUGAGGGUGUUUUCUCCACUGUGGCAAUGGGUCCAUUCAGUGUAGAAAAUAAGACCCUAAAAGAAAGUAUAAACCUUUAAGUAUAAGUGGCCGGAGAAAGGAGUUAGCAGAUUUUAGGGAGCUCAUGAUAAUAAAGUCAUACAGUUGGAAUUAGGAUGGAGUAAGAAUGAUCAACAAUAACCGGGCAAACUAUACGUAGUAUUUCUUUCCUAUCACAGAAUUUAGAGCUGGUGGGAACCCGGGAAAGUAUGUCAUCUAAUUACCUUCUCACCUUAAGUCUAUCUACUACCAUACAUCCUUAUUGAUCGUGGUGUAUUAAAUAUGGUAACCAAAUUCUUCGUAAAGGAAUGCAGACUCUGGUGCUGUUAUAAGAUUAGGCAUUUUCACAAUGAAAGGUUAUACAUGUUUUAUGUGCCAUUUUGAAUCGUCUAGUGAUUUUAUACUUAUGUGAGGUGUUUCAAUUGGUGUUAUCCUUUUGACUGACAUUAAAGGUAUUUUAAAUUAACUGACUUUUAAAUAUAUUUCAGAGGCAACAAACAGCAAGAAUUAAAACCUAGAUUUGUUGCCUAUGUGGAGUCUAUUCCUUGGGCUCUAUUUUUUUUUUUUAAGAUUACUCUGAUUUAAUAUUAGGCUUUAGAUGUGGAAAAGAGCUGAAAAAUCAGGAUUUAAAAACCAUUUAUACUAUUUCCUUUGUGUUAAAAUGAUACACCACAGAAAGUCCCUUUUCAAGUAUUCCUCCAAAGUUGCAAGGGAUUUUGGUAAACGAUGAUAUGUGAAUAAUAAUAAUGGUAGCAAUCUUGCCCACCAAUGAGUGCCUUGUGUUUAUGAAUAUCAGGAUAGAGUUAUAUUCUGGAAACAUUUUAUAUCUUUAUCUUAUUUGUACAUAUGUGGUUUAAAGAUAACUGCUCAGAUGAAUUAACUAGACUAUUUUUACUUUAGCUUCUAUAUUAAACUGACUAUUAAGAUGAUGUAAUUAAUUUUAAGAAUAUAGGAUAGAGGGAAGAAUUAUCAUCCUUACUCUGAUUUUAAUGUUAGUGUAUGUUUCUGACUUUAAAGAGUUGAGGUAGCCAACAAGAGGAGUUACUUGAGUAGGUGACUUCAUCCUUCCUGCAAAGUAUAGAAGCUGGGUUGUGAUUUGAUUGAGAACAAGGAUUGUUUUAUGUGUCUGAAUUCAUGCAUUUAGCUCUUUUAAUGGGACAUGAUAGGUGCUUGAUAAGUAUUUGUCUAAUCAAUAAAUGAAUAAUAAAUACCAAGUAUUCCCAUUUACACUUAAUUCAUUAAAAAAGAAUAUAGGGCUUCCCUGGUGGUGCAGUGGUUGAGAGUCCGCCUGCCGAUGCAGGGGACACGGGUUCGUGCCCCGGUCCGGGAAGAUCCCACAUGCGCGGAGCGGCUGGGCCCGUGAGCCAUGGCCGCUGAGUCUGCACGUCCGCAGCCUGUGCUCCGCAACGGGGGAGGCCACAGCAGUGAGAGGCCCGUGUACUGCGAGAAAAAAACAAAACAAACAAACAAAAAAACCAAUAUAGAAUUCUUUAUAUAUUGAAUUUGAAAUAUGAAUUUGUGUGACACUAAUGUUUUCAUUCCAAAGCUGCUCAAGCUUAGUAAGACUAUAUAUUUAGGGUAGUUCCAAAAACAGUAAUAAUUUGGGGUCAGAAAGUUACAUAACUCAGAACUGCUAUAACAUCUUUCAAGCUACAUUUUGUAAUCCAAAGGUGUUUUUCCUGACCCAAAGGUAUUUUUAUAUAGAUAUCUAGUAAAUAGAAAAUGUCAGAGCUUAGUGUAAAGUAUGAUCACCUUAAAAAGUGAUUGUACUUUGUAUCAAGUACUCAAAUAGUAGGAUUCAUUUACUUAACAGGCAUAAAGGUCCAUUCUCCAUUGUGUGGAUUUAAAAAAAAAUCUCUAACAUAUGUUAAAGAGACCUCUAUUCAGAGCUCAUUCUUGAAAGAAGUCUUUCUCAAAAGCAUUAUUAUAUAGUUGUAAUGUAAAAGUUUUAAAAUUACUUACUAAUACCAUUAUUUUCCAUAAUAACUAAAAUCAUUUAU